AUGGGGUUUGGCGGCGCCGUACUACGAUUCGUGAACCUCGCCGUCCGCAUUCUUCAAUUCCUCGAUGCCGCCGUCAUCCUCGGUAUCUACUCAUACUUCCUGGCCGUCCAGAGCAAACAUGAACAGGAGAUCCCGCAAUGGAUGAGAGCCGUCGAAGGUCUGGCGGGUGCUAGCGCCCUCUACGCUCUCCUGGGCACCCUCUUCACCUGCUGCGUGGGAGGUGUGGCCUUCUUCGCCGCCAUGGCCAUCAUCCUCGACGUGGCCUUCAUCGGCGCCAUGAUCGCCAUCGCCGUGCUCACCCGUGACGGCGUCCAGACCUGCACGGGCAAGAAGAUCGACACCCCGCUGGGAUCCGGCCCCAGCGGCGAGGAGUCCGCCUCCAAGGUGUCGUUCGAGUACGCCUGUCAGUUAGAGAAGGUCGCCUUUGCCGUGGCCGUCAUUGGAAUUUUCUUCUUCCUCCUCUCCAUCCUGUUCCAGGUGCUCUACGCCCGCUACCACAAGCGGGAGAAGCGAUUCGGCCCCUCCCCGGCCAACGGAUACACCUACGGCACUCGCCGCCGUGCCUUCUGGCGCCGUAACAAGAACAACCCGGAUAGCGGCAGUGCCGACGACAUGCUGCCGGGUCACCCGACGCCGAGCGAUGUCGAGCUGGGUGCUAGCAGCGAGAAGUCUGGCGGUCUCUUCGGGAAGAAGAAGGCUCCUGCUGCUGCUCCACCGGCCCAGAACAAGUUCGGAUAUGGUAGUUCCGCCUAUACGGGUAACUACUAG